ACUCUAUUUUUAAAUAACCGUAUUAUUAUUAUUAUUAUUUAUUUAUUAGCCUUUUCUUUCUAUAACAGUUUCGUUUUCAUCCUCUGGAGAACAGUAAUGAGACAAAAACCCUUAGAAGAAGCGUACUGCGCAUGCCCGUAUUACAGUUAUACUUCCGGUGUUAGGUUGUUGGUUUGUUGACUGUCGCUAGUGAUCUGUCAGCUGGAGAUAACGCUGAAAUUCACAGGAUCUGUUAAUACCAUAUCGUUCUUAUCUAUAUGAACAGUUUGACUAUUACGUCUAAUACAAAACGGACCGUUGUUUCUGUAAAUAUAUUUGGAUUUCAAGUGUUGUUUCGGUGUGAAUAAACUCCGGACCGGUGUGAGUGAAGUGAUGCAACAUGGCAGCAACUCCUCUUAGUAAGUGUUUUGUCUCGGCGCUGAGGACACAUACUUGGUGUCAGAGCCGUGGACUUCACUCUGUGGCAGAGAGGACAGUCAGCAGGGUGUCCUCUGUAGUGAUAUGUAAGCACAGGGGAGCUGAGAGCCUGGAUAAAGGACCCCCGGUGUGGGACAGACAGAGAGGAGGGGACAGCAGCAGCUCCUCUCUGCUCAGGUCAGUCUCUGUGGGUCUGGGUCUCUGCGGUGCGGUGCUGCUGGACACUCAGAAAAACAAAGACCAGGAGGACGGAGGUUUCUCGAUAUCCGGGAGGUUUCGUGAACUCAUCCUGCCAACAGCCCAGUGUGCCUCUCCCUUUAAACCGGACAGCCCCCGUUACAGAUACAACUUUAUUGCAGAUGUGGUGGAAAAGUCCACUCCAGCUGUUGUUUACAUCGAAAUCGUGGUCAGAAACCCAUUUUUAGGAAGAGAAGUGCCGAUGUCAAAUGGCUCUGGUUUCAUCAUCAGCAGUGACGGUCUCAUUGUCACCAAUGCUCACGUUGUGGCCAACAAAAGAGGUGUCCGUGUGAAGCUCAACAACGGAGACACGUACAACGCCACUGUGCAAGAUGUUGAUCAGGCGGCCGACAUCGCUACCAUCAAAAUCACUACGAAGAAUCCUUUACCCACGCUCCCCCUCGGCCGGUCGUCUGAUGUUCGACAAGGAGAGUUCGUGGUUGCCAUGGGAAGCCCGUUCGCUCUACGUAAUACAAUCACGUCAGGAAUCGUCAGCUCAGUGCAGAGAGGCGGUAAGGAGCUGGGCCUGUCCAAGUCCAACAUGGACUACAUCCAGACUGAUGCCGCCAUAGAUUUUGGAAAUUCUGGAGGUCCCCUGAUUAACUUGGAUGGUGAAGUCAUCGGUAUAAACACCAUGAAGGUCACUGCAGGGAUCUCUUUUGCUAUUCCGUCCGAUCGCCUGAGACUAUUUCUUGAUCAAGCAGCAAACAAAAAGAAUUCUUGGUUCGGUGAGUCAGAGACAAAGCGGCGAUACAUUGGUGUGAUGAUGCUGACUCUGACGCCAAGCAUCAUCGCAGAGUUGAAGUUGAGAGAUCCAUCCUUCCCAGACGUGACACACGGCAUCUUGAUCCACAGGGUGAUCAUGGGCUCCCCGGCCAAUAGAGCCGGCAUGCUACCAGGAGACAUCGUGGUGGAGAUAAAUGGAGUAAAGGUGAACACGUCAGACGAGAUCUACCAGGCCGUCCGCAACAGCGACAAAAUCACCAUGGUGGUGCAGCGAGGAAACGAGUUGCUUCGACUGCAAAUGACUCCAGAGUUCACAGAGUGACACUAACCGCGCGGUUUAGUUUCUUCACGUUAACCUGAGGGACAGACGGCCUCAUCAUGAGUCCUUAUUUAAACGUCUAAAUGUCCUGAGUUCCAGUAUUUGAAGACUUUUGUUAAAUAUUUUGUUGAUAGGAAAUUUAAGCAAGAAUAAUUCUCAGAGGUUGUCUUUGUCAACAUGGCUGACGGCUGUUAACUACACAAUGAUUUCAAUGUCAUUUCUUUAAUUCAAACUGUCUAAAUCAUCAUGAACCUGCAAGCACCUAAAGACUUAUAUGGAUUAACAGUCAAGUAUUUAUUCUCAGCUUUCUUUGAGAACAAUAAACAUGUUUUCUACCUCUA